GGAUGUUGAGUUAAAAGACUUGGUACAGGUCUAUAUCCACGCCUAUACAGAUCAGAGACCAUUUCACGUGGAGUGCGUGCUUUCGAGGAAAAGGUUUUAGAUGUGAAUUGUCUUCGUCAGACAAUGCAUAGGAAAAAACUUCGGUUACGAGACUGGCUUGUACAAAAGAUUAACGAAGGAAAGUAUGGCUUGAGAUGGGUGGGAGACCCAAAGGAGAGAACCUUUCGAGUACCGUGGAAACAUGGCAGUCGGCAUGGCUGGAGCGUGGACGAUGCUGCUCUGUUUCAAGCAUGGGCUUUGUACACUGGCAAAUACAAGGAAGGAAGGGAUGAUCCCGACCCUCGAAAGUGGAAGACGAAUUUCAGGUGUGCGUUGAAUGCUUUGCCUGAUAUUAAAGAGAUAAGGGGAAAGAGCUGUCCAAGGGGAAAAGAUGCUUUCAAAAUAUACAGGAUGACGAGGCCAUUUCGCGGUAGAGAUCACCAUCCACCUUCCCUUCCAGUUGGCCAAGCAGCAGAGAUCCGCAGGAGAGACCCAUUUCAAGCUACAAGGCCUUUUAAGGAAAGCACUUUCCCUGUAACAAUGCCUUACUUGCCAGCCCCUUACCCGCCUAUUGAACCCCGUUACGACACGUGGCAACCUCGAGAGAGAAGAAAUAGCAUGGGAUUAACUGACGAUGAAAUAGUUAACCUGGUUCAUGAGAUGAUGAGUGAAGCAAGUUCAUCCCCAGGCCUCAGCACUCCUGGCGGCAGUGCAGACUCACCUUACUAUGGAAUGAAUCCGUUCUUCCCGUGAUGCUCCUGUUCAUUCCAAUGCACGCCGGAGUCUUUUAGUCUUUUACUCUUUUCUAGUUCACAAUUACAAAACUGAAAACCGACUUUUGUUUUUUGUAAAUUUUUUAAUAAAAUUGAUACUAAGUAUGUUUUAUAAGUAAACUUAAAAAGUUGCUAACGGAACCAAGCAUUUACGGCCUCUGUGGGCGCCAUUUAGUAACAAAGACCUGGUUAGAUGACUUGUAGAAAUGUUUUAUGGGCAAUAAAAAUGGAACUUGGA